CACACAUCGGAUCGAGAUAUAGCCGAGUGACUAAACGCUAAAAUACGUAAAGGACUCAAAUCAGACACGUGGGUGUGAAAAAACAGGCUAACAAUCGCCAUUACAAUUACAAAUACAAUAAGCAGUGGCAUAGUAAUGAAUUAAAAAUCUUAGUGUGAAUAAAACUCUCAUACAUUAUCGAAAGGAUUUCAUUCAAAUCAAAAGAUUAAAUCGCCUAAUUGCAUGAUUAAUGACCCCGAAAGGACCAGCGUAAAUUGAAGCCCAAGGAAUGCCCCAAAUCGGUCAACCUGUGAGUUUGAGUCCUGCGUGAGUGUUGGUAGACUAAAGGAUGGCAGCGUCCAGCUCAAUUAUGGAAACCGUCACCAUUUUGGCCCUGCUCCUUGGCCUAUUUAUCCGGAGUGGCUACUGCAUAGACUGCUUCAAGUGCGUGUCCUAUAAUGGAGCGAAUAAAGCCUGCGACGAUCCGUUCCACAACAACUACUCCACGGCCAUUCUCGAGUCGCCCUGCAUGGGAGGACGAAAGGGCCGUGAUGGCCUGUUUCCGGCCACCGCCUGCAUCAAGAUCGCCGGCUAUUACGAUGAAACCGGAGAGACGAUAACGGUGAGGGGUUGCGCCCUGGACAGCGGCACCCUGACCACCGACACCGAAAUAAUAAGGAUGUCGCAUUGCGGAAAGUUCUACUACGAUGAUAAGUACGUGCACGGAUGUCUGCAGAGCUGCAGCGACGCGGAUGCCUGCAACUCGGCCAAGAGGCAUGGCCACCAUGCCGCGGACCUGGAGUCGUUCAUGCGGCACCUGCUCAGCCUGGCUGUGCUUUCCUUGGCCGUCGCGAGGUAGCAGUAUCAGUAAGCGGAGGAAUUUCUCGAAGGGAACAGGGAAAUGCGGCAAACGAAGUGAGGCAGCGUGAAAAGCAUUUAGUUAAGGUCGGCUGCGCGCGUGGAAAUCUUUUCUUUAGGCGUCUCUCCUCUCUACGAAUCUAUUUCAGUGUCUAAGAUUGCACCUACAAUAAUGCACAAGAGCAACUUCAAAAGCAGCAAGGACACGCGGACACUCGGACACAACACAACCACACACUCUAAAUCAAACACACACACACAUAACAUUAUGGAAUUCAUCAAGCAAUUAUGUGAUUUAUAAAUGAAUAUUUAACAACUAUCUAACAAUAAUUGAUGAACACGAACGGAAACUAUUUAGAUGCUAAGCAUUCGAGAGUCGAAAAUCAAAGGAACAACACACUGCAAACUAAAUUCAAAUUCUAACUGCAAUUAUUUUUAGACUCUAAGAACGAACCUAGACUUUAAAUGCUGUCGCUGCUAAGUUUCGAUGGAACAAUAUUAUAAAUUAACGAAAGCGAAAUGUUUUACGAUUUAUAUGAGAUCUGUUUUACCUUAACUCGAAUAAGUAUGAAUUUUUCGCCUCUCUAGAUGAGUAUUGUACAUAUACAAGAGAAUAUUUAUCUAUUUGUUACAUAAAUGCUGAAUUUUGGGCAAAUUAUAAAAUUAAAAGUAAUUGUGUGUAAAUGAAUUAGUAUGUAAAAUUAGCAAACGAAAACUGUGAGUCAGGGUCAGUCCUUUAUUCGUUUUAUUUUUGCUAUUUUUUACACCAAGGAGUCAUGCAACAAAAAGAUUAUUUUAUUUAUCUGGAACUAUUUUCUGAAGUGGUUUCCUGACUAACUGUUUU